AAGAAAGAGUUUCUGCGCUUGCGCUAAGUGAUCGAUUUGGGGAAGUGGAUUUUAUUUGAACAAUCUUGUUUUUGUUGGAAAAUGAUACUUUAACUUGCCACCGACACACCCCACAUAAUAACUACAGACGUUUUAGACAAUUGUAUGCUUUACUGAUCGGCUACAGAGCCUUUUUCUGCUUCUCUUCGUGUAAAUUCAUCAUCAACGAGGCUUUUGUUUUGAAAGUCUCGGGUCGAGGUUGUCAGUCUACGCAGGUUUCAGAAACGUGAUUGAACGAGCAGUGGAGGGAUGCAAACAUCAGAACCGGAUGGAGGUGAAAAGUCUCAACAGCCGCUGGUUUUCUUUGACCUGGAGACAACUGGAUUGGGUCAGAGCUGUGAGAUCGUCCAGCUGGCUGCAGUGAGCGGAGGACACUCACUGAACCUCUAUGUCAUCCCUGGGUGUCGAAUGCAGCGAGGAGCAGCCAGAGUGACUGGCUUCAGGGUUCGCAGACAGAGACUGUACCUCCAUCGACAGCUUGUCCUCACCAACUCCCUGCGAGAGGUCCUGGUCGCCUUCAUAGCUUUCCUUCAAAUGCUGGGACGCCCACUCGUCAUAGGCCACAACAUUCGCCACUUUGACUGCCGACUGCUGGCUCGAGCCCUCGAUGAACUAGACCUCAGAGCAGAGUUUGAGUCGUCAGUCUCAGGCUAUGUUGACACACUCCCCCUGGCUCGUGAGAUGCUGAAGGACCGCGGCCUGCACAGUUUUGGACAGGAGAACCUGGUCAGGGAGCUGCUGGGUGUGAACUACAAGGCCCAUGAUGCUUUGGAGGAUGUGCGGGCGUUGCAGGCACUGUAUAGUGUGCUUCAGCCCACACCGGAGUUGAUCUGUAGGCACAGGUUCACUCUGAACACCAUGGAAAAUAAGCCAGCUCCUAUAUCCAAAGUGCCCUCUCAGAUAACAGAACAUCGACCCCUGUGGGAGCACUUCAGACAGAUAGUGAAGGUCAGAGAGAGCAAAGAAGAACGCAGAGAUGGAGAACUUAAGAAGUCAUAAAACUUUCUACAUGAAUACAUUAUUUUCAGGUUGAGAAAAGAAAUCACAAACUCAGUCAAAUCUUUUCGUUUCCUCCAACGGUUGAUGGUGGAACAAAUGAAAAACUGACUAGAGAAAAUCCCUUCAGACGUCUCCACUGAAGCAAAAAGGAAAAACUAUUAAACUUCAGCACAACUGGAAGAGCUGAAGCUUUCAAGAAGCGAGGGUAACGUACAAACACAGUGCAACACUUUUUUUUGGCCAGAUGCAGCAUUUAGAUUAGGGUGUGAUGGGUUUUUCCUCAGCCUAAUUGGGUCAUUACUUCUUCAAGACAGUCUUACUUUGUCAGUCUGGAGUUUCAAAUGUAAAAACCUCAGUCUUACUCUCAUGCACUUUCAUGUAUUGCACAAUUCUGAUCAGACUGGAGAAAGGAGGAUUUUAUCUCUUAAAUAUGCUGUUUGCUUCAUCUUCACCAAUUAUUUCAGCUGCAACAAACAGGUACAUCGUUUUUAUCCAUGUUGAGUAUUUCUCAGCAAUAAGAUAUUCAGACAUCUGUUUAUUGGAUUUGUAAAUGGUGAAAGUGUAGUUGAUUGGUGGCCAGACUUUAAAAUGUAUCUCCUAGUUUAAUUUUUGGUCAUCACUCAGUGGAAAUAGCGACGAUGACUGAUGAAGACUUGAUGUACUUAUUGAAAAUUCACUCAUUCAGGUAUCGAUGAAAAAAGUUUUAUUGCUGGUAAAUAAAUCUGCUAAUAAAUAUAUUAUAUUUCAACA